GCGCAGCUGCUCCGGAGAUGGCACCCGGGCUUGAGGUGCGUUGACUGAGAAGAGAAAUGAAGCCCCGGCUGUCCAGAUGGCUGCCUGAACUCCAGGUACUCCACAGAUUUCUGGCUGCAGAUGUAAGCGACUCUCCUGCAGACGUUCUGCUGCUGCCGUUGCAUAGAGUGUGGACUCCCACUGGAACAAGCCUAUAGCAGUCAGAAUGAUUAUGAUGCCUCUGGGGUCCCUCCUUUCUGCUCUGUGUUUCCUGGGGGCCGUCAUUCCAGAAGGGCUACAGUAUGCCGCCUUUUCAUACAACACAACCAAGUUCCUUCAUCUGAUUAUGGAUCCUGACUCUGGGACUCUUUACCUGGGGGCUACAAACUUCCUUUUCCAGCUGACAGCGGACCUGGCGAUGGAGGAAGCCGUUAUCACGGGGCCUUCCUUAGACAGCAAGGAUUGCCUUCCUCCCGUCACCAAGCAGGACUGUCCCCAGGCCCAGGAAACGGACAAUUACAACAAGCUGUUGUUGAUCGACUCGCUGGAGAGGGAGCUUAUAGUGUGCGGCAGCGUGUGGCAGGGGAUCUGUGAGAAGAGGAACCUUGGCUUCAUCAGCCACGUUAUCUUCCAGCCUCGGACACCGGGAGACACUCAGUACGUCGCCGCCAAUGACCCCAAUAUUUCCACCGUGGGGCUAGUGGGGUACUCCAAAGACAAAGUGCCGCUGUUGUUCGUGGGCCGAGGUUACACCAGUCGAGGUGUAGGGGGCAGCAUUCCUCCCGUUACGACCCGGAAUCUCAGGGCCCACCCGUGGGAGGUGCCCGGGUCAGACUCUCACUCCAUCUUCUCCUAUGAAGAAACGGCAAAGCUGGCCGUGGGCCGGCUCUCGGAAUACAACCACCAUUUCAUCAAAACUUUUACUCACGGCUCUAGCGUUUACUUCUUGUUUUAUCGGCGGGAUCUCAAGUCGCUGUCUCGUGAGUACAGGACCUACAUUUCCCGGAUCUGCCUGGAUGACUCUCAUUAUUACUCCUACGUAGAGUUACCUUUGCUCUGCCGGAGCAAAGGGAAGACUUACAGCCUCCUGCAGGCGGCCUACGUCGCACAGCUGGGUGGGGAAGGGGACCUGGGCAUGGCCCAGGGAGAUGUCCUCUUCGCUACCUUUUCUGCCUGGCACACUUCCUCGGGGAAGCUGAGUGAGGAAUCUGCGCUCUGUAUUUACACGAUGGAGGAGGUGAACCACCUUGCCACGCAGACCAGGGACCUCUGUUACACCAAGGACGGCAAAUCAGAGGAGGGCAUCGAGGUGGCUUACAUAGAAUACGACGUCAACUCUGACUGUGCCAAAUUGUCUGCGGACACUUUGGAUGCCUACCCAUGUGGCUCAGACCACACCCCCAGUCCAAUGGCCAGCCGGGUGCCACUCGAAGCAGCCCCCAUACUGGAGAAGCCGGAUGCCCGUCUGACUGCAGUAGCUGUCAGCAUUGAAGAUGGACACACUGUCAUUUUCCUGGGGGACAGCAGAGGCCGGCUGCACAAGGCUUACUUGGGAUCGAUGGGGCAUGCCGACCUGUAUGCUUCUCUAGUGGUCCAGCCAAACAGGCCAGUGAGUGGAGACCUGCUCUUUGACCAGUCCAAGAAGCAUUUGUAUGUCAUGACUCAGUCAAUGGUGACCAGGAUUCCCAUAUUUGAAUGCUCCCAGUACACUGACUGUGAAUCAUGCUUAGCACUGAGGGAUCCAUACUGUGGUUGGUGUGUUCUCCAAGGAAGGUGCAGCCGUCGCUCCGAAUGCACCCGCUUCAGAGCGAGUGAGCAGUGGCUCUGGGGCUUUAAUUCGACCCAGCAGUGCUUGUCCGUCCAGUCGCUGAGCCCAGCCAACAUCAGCCGGGAAGAACAGAGAACCAUAUUCCUAACGCUUUCGGAUUUGCCGCCCCUGCGGGACGGAGAGUUGUAUUCGUGCUUCUUCGAAGAGUAUGAGAGCCCAGCGGUGUUGAUAGGGUCGGGCAUCGAGUGUCCCUCACCAGAUCCCAGCCAAGCACCAAGUCUGAAAACAGGAACAGAUCACAUAACCAUUCAGCUGGUGGUGCGUUUCCAUGACGUCUUCAUCGCUUCAACCUCAUUCUCCUUCUACGACUGUGCUGCAGUGGCCGCUUUGAGGAAAUCAGCCCCAUGCCAGGGGUGUGUGAGCAGCCAUUGGGGGUGUAACUGGUGUGUCCACCAACACCUCUGCUCUCAUAAGACCACCUGCGAAGAAGGGACUGUCAUCUACAAUGAAAGGACUCAAAUACCAGUCUUUAGCCUUCUGCCUUCCUCUGCCGUUCCCACUACAGCAGUGUCUCCUACGUCUGCUCCAACUGUGGCUGCUGACACGACCGUUCUCUCAGAAACAUCAACAGAAUCCUCCACCCCCAGUCCCACCACCACCCCCAACCCCACCACUCAGCCAACAACCUCUGCCCCAACUACCCCACAGCCAGAAACCCUCGGCCCCACACACUCUCCGUCUCUGUUCACAGGCUCUCUUACUUCUCUCAGGACAACCACAGAGUUCUUGACGCUCGCCCCAAUUGAGGUCCCCACGGCCACUAGCCCGACGACUGAGCCUGUCCCCAGCAGCCAGCCAGAGACUCCAGGCCUCACUACACAUCCUACCUCUGAACCUGCCAUUGAUCCUGAAGACUGGUCCACGGACCCUUCUACCUCCCUCCCUCACAGCACAUUUCAGCCGGUCGUGGAGGCCCAAACGCCUUUCACAGAAGCGGCAGGCUCCAUGACUCCAACUCCUAUGCCUGAGGCACCCACAUCUUCUAUCCCAACCCCCUUCACCCCCAACCAGAUAGGAAGUGCCUCCACCUCUUCUGCUGACUUACCAGGAGACCUGGAGACGGAGCUACCUAUGUCUGAGGUGCCUCCGUCUACCGGCCUUCCAGACUGGCUUCCUGGGGGCGGCCUUGAACUCAAGGACAGCGAGGAAUGGAUGGACCCGUCGCUGUCUGAGAACGAUACGUCCUCCUUCUCUGCCUCCAUGCUUCUCUCAGGCGACGGAGACUCGUUGGAGAGUGACACCACCGAUUUCCCCAGAAUCUUGAACCCGGGGCUGGAUUAUCAAUACGAUGCACCUGGUUUUCUCGACUUGAGCGAAAGCUGGGGGCCGGAAGCCUGUCCCUGCGUGCGGGGCAUUCAGGGCUCCUCUCUGAUGCCAGUCAACGUGCAGAGGAAAAUAACCUUGGUCGGGAGGAAUUUCCACCUCUAUCAGGACCAGCUGUGGGACUAUGAGUGUGCUUUGAUUCUGGAGGGCAAGACUUUGGUGGUGGAUGCGUAUAUCGAACGAGACGAAACAAAUCCGUCCCUUUGCUAUAUCACGUGCCAGCUGCACCAGUACAGCUACUCAGCCCCCCAGCUGGAAUUCAGUGCUGCGAUUUUCGUGCAGAGGAAGCGGCGCCUCCGUGUGGACAGCAUAGAAGAUCUCCAUGUAACUCUGUACAACUGCUCGGUGGGACACUCGGACUGCAGCCGCUGCCAGACUGCUGACGCCAAGUACAACUGCGUGUGGUGUGGCGGGGAACAGCCGAGCUGCCUCUUCCAGGACUCCUGCAAAGAAAAGGUGGCAGACGUGUGCCCGGCUCCGCUGAUCCAUUCUAUUUCUCCCUUAACCGGACUAGUCGAAGGGGGCACCAGAAUCACCGUUGUGGGCUCGAACCUUGGCCAGAAGCACGAAGAUAUUGCAGACACAGUCACCGUGGCAGGAAUCCCCUGUGAGGUUGAUCCCUUAGCGUAUGAGAUCUCCAGCAGUAUCGUGUGCACCACAGGCGAAAGCGGGACAGAGAGGUCUGGGCAUGUGGUCGUGGAGGUUCCUGGAGGAGGACAGGGGAUCUCUGCUCACGUUUUCACUUACCAGAAUCCGGAGCUGAAAUCCUUUUCUCCAUCUCGUGGCCCCAAGGCCGGAGGAACUCGCCUCACACUGACAGGAUCCAAGCUAUUGACAGGAAACCCCAGCAAAAUCAGUAUCCUGAUUGGGCACCUCCCUUGCUACAUCCAUUCUGAGAUGCAGGAGGACAAGCUGCAGUGCCAGACGAGUCUCAGUAAUGCGUCCGUGGAACUUCCUGUCGCCAUCAAGUACGGGGAUCAGGAACGGAGGCUGGAGGGUCCUUUCUUCAGGUACACCCUGGACCCCAACGUCACUUUUGCAGAACCAUCCAAGAGCUUCCAGAGCGGCGGGAGGCAGAUCCGAGUUCACGGGCAUAAUCUUGACGUGGUACAAUGGCCGAAAAUUCGUGUCACGGUUUCACCGCUGGAACGCCGUCGCCGGGGGCUGGGGAGAUGGCGCAGGAUUAUCCCGGAAACUGAAUGCCCCGAAAACGCUCUCUGUAGUGUCCAGCAAUUUGAAGAGCCGUGUGAAGUGAACUCCUCCAACCUCAUCCUGUGCCGGACGCCUGCCAUUACGCCUCGGCCCCCCUCCAUCCAAGUGAAGCUGGAGUUUGUGCUGGAUAAUCUCAGCUUUGACUUCGACUCUUUGCAUCCAUCCCGCUUCUCCUAUGAGGUGGACCCCAUCCUGAAGCCCCUGAAUGCAGAUGAUCACACCAAACCCUAUCGGCACAAGCCCGGCAGCGUCAUCUCUGUGGAGGGAGAGAAUCUGGACCUGGCCAUUUCAAAAGAUGAGGUGGAAGCCAGAAUUGGCGUUGGGAUCUGUGGAGUCAAGACCCUCACAAAGCACCAUCUCUAUUGUGAACCCCCGUCCGAGCAGCCUGCGCCUCUGCACAGAGCCAAGCGGGAGGGCACAGACUCGCUGCCAGAGUUCACAGUUCAGAUGGGGAACAAAAACUUCCGGCUGGGUCGCGUGCAGUAUGACACGGAGAGUCAGCUCACCUUCCCCCUGGAGGCCCAGAUUGGCCUAGGCGUGGGAGCCUCUUUUGUUGCUUUGAUCGUGCUAAUCAUUGUUUUCAUCUACAGGAGAAAGAGCAAACAGGCUCUGCGGGAUUACAAAAAAGUUCAGAUCCAACUAGAAAACCUGGAAACGAGCGUCCGAGAUAGGUGCAAAAAAGAAUUCACAGACCUCAUGACGGAGAUGAUGGAUCUCACUAGUGACUUGGUUGGCACUGGAAUUCCUUUCUUGGAUUACAAAUCCUAUGCAGAGCGCAUCUUCUUCCCUGGUCACCGUGAGUCACCGAUACAGAGAGGUCUGGACGUACCAGAAUGUCGGAGGCAGACGGUCGAACAGGGCUUGGUGCAGCUUUCCAACCUCCUCAAUAGCAAACUCUUUCUUACCAAGUUCAUCCACACCCUGGAGAUCCAGCGGACAUUCUCUCCAAGGGACCGGGCUUAUGUCGCUUCCCUCCUCACGGUCUCCUUGCAUGGGAAGCUCGAGUACUUCACAGACAUCCUCAAGACGCUGCUGAAUGACUUGGUGGAGCAGUACGUGGCCAAGAACCCCAAACUGAUGCUGCGAAGGACAGAAACAGUGGUGGAGAAGCUGCUGACCAACUGGAUGUCCAUCUGUCUGUACGCGUUUGUAAGGGACUCUGUUGGGGAGCCGCUCUACAUGCUCUUCCGGGGCAUCAAGCACCAAGUGGACAAGGGGCCAGUGGACUGGGUGACCGGGAAGGCCAAGUACACCCUGAAUGACAACCGCCUUCUCCGAGAGGACCUGGAGUAUCGCACCCUGACGUUAACUGCUUUGGCACAAGCUGGGAGCACCGUGGGAGGAGCGGAGGGUGCCCAGGGGGUACUGGCAAAGGUGCUGGACUGUGACACAAUCACCCAGGUGAAGGAGAAGAUCCUCGACCAGAUCUACAAAGGGACGCCUUACUGCCACCGGCCAGACCCAGAUUCUCUUGACUUGGAGUGGAGAUCAGGCCUGGCGGGGCACCUCAUCCUCUCUGACGAGGACGUGACAUCCAUUGUCCAGGGCACUUGGAAGCGCCUCAACACGCUGCAGCACUACAAGGUGCCCGAUGGAGCAACUGUCGCCCUUGUUCCUCGAAUGACCAAGCAUCUUCCCAGAGAGAAUCAAGAUUACAUCCCCGGAGAGAAGACCCCAAUGUUGGAGGAUGCGGAUGAAGGCGGGAUGAAGCUUUGGCAUCUGGUGAAACCGACUGAGGAGCCAGAGCUGCCGAAACAUCGGCGAGGGAGCCUGCGGGAAAGGGAAAGAGCCAAGGCCAUUCCUGAGAUCUAUCUGACUCGCCUCCUGUCCAUGAAGGGAACGCUGCAAAAGUUUGUGGACGACUUGUUCCAAGUGAUCCUCAGCACCAGCCGCCCCGUCCCCCUGGCUGUGAAGUAUUUCUUUGACCUGCUGGAUGAGCAAGCGGUGCAGCAUGGGAUUGUGGACCCAGAGACCAUUCAUAUCUGGAAGACCAACAGCCUGCCCCUGAGGUUCUGGAUCAACAUUAUCAAGAACCCCCAGUUUGUUUUUGACGUGCAGACUUCGGAUAACGUGGACGCUGUGCUCCUGGUCAUCGCGCAGACCUUCAUGGACUCCUGCACCCUUGCCGAUCACAAGCUGGGCCGGGACUCUCCAAUUAACAAGCUGCUCUACGCCCGUGACAUUCCACGCUACAAGCAGAUGGUGGAAAGAUACUACGCUGACAUCCGCCAGACGAUCUCUGCCAGUGACCAAGAGAUGAACUCCGCCCUGGCUGAGCUAUCACGGAAUUACUCAGGUGAUCUCAAUUCCCUGGUGGCUCUGCACGAACUCUACAAAUACAUCAACAAGUACUACGACCAGAUCAUCACCGCCCUGGAGGAGGACCCGACGGCACAGAAGAUGCAGCUGGGGUACCGCCUGCAGCAGAUUGCCGCCGCAGUGGAGAACAAAGUCACAGACUUGUGACGCGCGCACAAGGACGGCC